ACAUUACAUAUUUGCGCGUGUAUGUGCACUCAGCUGAAAAAUCGUGAGAAAUGCUAUAAAAGACGAAUAUUCGUGUUACUUGAGUAUAACAUCAAAAUGAGCACGAUAAAGUUGUCACUGAUAUUUUUCCUCCUCGAAUUUACGAAUCUCUCGUUACAACAUGAACAAAUUCCAAAAGCCAAAACAGUUUUAGGAAGCGUCAGUGGUUAUUAUAAAGAGUCUCGAUCUGGGAAAACGUACGAGGCUUACGAAGGUAUCCCCUAUGCAGAAAUUCCUGUUGGAGAACUUCGGUUCGAACCACCUAAACCAGUGCAGAAAUGGGAAUACGAAUUACCUGCAAAGAAAAAGGGUUCCAUUUGUAUACAGCAUCGUACUAAGCCUGGUGCAGAUACAGUCUCAGGCUGUGAAGAUUGCUUGUACAUGAAUAUUUAUGUAUCAGUUAGAAAUAAUACUAAAACUUUAUUACCAGUAAUGUUUUGGAUUCAUGGAGGAGCCUAUCAAUUUGGUACUGGAAAUGAUUUAGAUGAGAGUCAUUUAAUGGAUAAGAGUAUUGUAUUGGUUACGUUUAAUUAUCGUGUAGGACCUUUCGGUUUUCUUAGUACGGGAGAUGAUGUAGUAUCUGGAAAUAUGGGAUUAAAGGAUCAAAGCAUGGCACUGCGCUGGGUAUCCGACAAUAUUGAGAACUUUGGAGGUAAUCCAAAAGAUGUAACUUUAAUCGGUUUCAGUUCGGGAGGCAUGAGCGUUCAUUAUCACUAUCUGUCACCUUUAAGUGCUGGUCUGUUCCAAAGAGGUAUAUCUAUAAGUGGUACAGCACUUAAUCCUAGGGCACAAACAAAACGAGCUUCAGAGAAAGCUAAAAAGUUGGCAGCGGCAGUGGGAUGCCCAACUGAUAGUAGCAGUAAAAUGAUUGCUUGUUUAAAAAAGCGCCCACCACGACUCAUAUCACAAAACGUCAACAAGCUUCUGGUUUGGUUGAACAAUCCUGCUAGUCCUUUCGGACCAGUUGUGGAGAAGCAAGGAUCGAGUCCUUUCAUUAGUCGUUCUCCAAUUGAAAUUAUCACUUCAGGUGAGGUUCAAGAUGUUCCCUGGAUUACUGGAGUCGUUCACGAAGAUGGAAUAUUUCAAGCUACAGAUUUUGCUGAAGACGAUGAAUUAUUGAAAUACCUAAAUGAUAAUUGGGACGAUAUCGCGCCAUACGUGAUUAAUUAUAACGAUACUAUUCCGCUUUGCGAGCAUAAACAAGUGGCGGAAAAAAUCAGAAAGUAUUAUUUGGGAUCAAAAAAAAUUGAUCGUAAUACAGUGACACCACUGAUACAAAUGCUGAGCGAUCGAUCAUAUGGUGUUGGCAUGGCGACAGCUGUUAAGUUGCAUGCGAAAGUUAACAAAAGUCCAGUGUGGAGUUAUUACUAUACAUACAAAAUUAAAGAAGACCUUAGCUUCACGAAUAAACUCGGGGUAGGUCAUGGAGACGAUAUUCAUCUUGUGAUAAGUAAAGAUGCUUCGAAUAUGACAAAUCCAGAGGAUCUAGCAAUGCAGCAACUUUUAAUUAAUUUUUACACUUCUUUUGCUAUUGAAGGAAAACCACGUGUCGGUGAUGCUAAAUGGCAGUCAUUAAAGUCUGGCGAAGAUAAUCUUCAUUAUUUACACAUAGCUGAUGCAAAAAAUGUGAAAAUGGAAUCUAAUGGAAAUUUUGCGCAAAAGAACUUUUGGGAUACGAUAAUUGCUCGCGAAAAUUAAUAGUUGCCUCAAUAAUUUUUGCGAAAGAAGA